CCUCAAGUUGACCUGCUGGAAAAUCUUCCUGCAUACAUUCAAAGAGUAGCUCUUUUCUGGGACAUGAAGAAUGUGAAUUGUUCUAAGUGCUAAACUGAACAUUUUCAGAUGUGAAAAAAUUUUCACAUCCUUAAACCAGUCUUCUGGAAAACCUAAACAGUUACUCUUAUCUAGAAACGUGAAGAUUCUGAAUUUUUGUAAGGGGCUGAAAAUAUUCAAGUAUGUCCAAUUUCACUGCAAUAAGUGGAUUCCUCCUUAUGGGCUUUUCGAACAUCCAGAAUCUACAGACUUUAUGUGGAGUGUUCUUCCUAGUGAUGUACAUGGCAGCCCUAAUAAGUAACCUGAUCAUCAUCACUCUCACCACCCUUGAUUUGCAGCUUCAAACACCCAUGUACUUCUUUCUGAAGAAUUUGUCCCUGUUGGAUGUAUUUUUUGUGUCAGUUCCCAUCCCAAAUUUUAUUGUCAAUAGCCUAACCCACCACAAUUCCAUUUCCAUUUUUGCUUGUGCCCUACAAGUAUUUUUAAUGACUUCUUUUGCGGCAGGGGAAUUAUUUGUCCUAACUUCCAUGUCUUAUGACCGCUAUGUUGCCAUUUGCUGUCCCCUGCAUUAUGAUGCCAUCAUGAAUAGCAGUACAUGUAUGCUGAUGGUGGGUGUUUCCUGGAUUACUGGGGUAUUCUUUGGAGCCAUGUACACAUCUGGCACAUUUUCCAUGCCUUUCUGUGGCUCUAAUAUGAUCCCACAGUUUUUCUGUGAUGUCCCAUCAUUGCUAAGGAUCUCAUGCUCCAAAAUGUUUUUGUUCAUUUAUACAAGUCUUGGAAUUGGUGUGUGUCUAGGCAUGUCCUGCUUCAUAUGUGUGGUGAUCUCUUAUGUUUACAUUUUCUCUAGUGUGCUUAAGAUUCCUACCACUAAAGGUCAGUCCAAAGCAUUUGCCACAUGCAUCCCCCACCUCACUGUUUUCACUGUUUUCAUUGCUACUGCUUGCUUUGUCUAUGUGAAGCCUUCCUCAAAUGUACCAUCAAUAUCAGAUAGGCUUUUCUCUGUGCUCUACACUGUGCUACCUCCAGCACUUAAUCCUGUGAUCUACAGUCUGAGGAACAAUGAUGUAAAGUGUGCUAUGAGGAGGUUACAGCAAAAUCUCUUCUCAAGAGGUUCACUUCAUUUAACACUUCAAAGUAUCUGUCAGUGGUUUAGUUCCUCACAAGAUACAAGCAAGAUGUGUAAUUUUUAACUUUAGAAAAACAAGCAUAGAUAAGUAUAUUUUCCCAAUGUAAAUAAACACUUAGAACAGAGCUGAUAUUAUAUAUGAUCAGAAAAUACGAUAAAGCUGUUCUCAUUUGAGAAAUAUAAAUUUGAGAAAAUAUUGAUCACUUUUUAACUCCUUAUCUGAUGCAUUUACUAAAUAAUAAUUAGAUAGAUGACAAAUUAGAUGGGAAAAUCAUGGGAGCAAUAAAGGUAAGUCUACAUAUGUUUCCUUUGACGAUCUGUCAGGUAGUAAGAAAAACAACAGGGAAGUUUACCUAGUCAAGCCAGAGUAUUCUGGAGACUUGAUCUAAUCUUUAAAGUAGCCCAAAUGAUUACAGCAAAGACAAACAUGGUAACAGAUUAUAUGAACCACGUUCUGUAAUAAAUAGUGGCCACUCAGGUUGAGGGUAUCAUCAGAAAAAUAGUGGAGAGGUCAAAAUUUGUGGGACUUCUUUUCUGCAAUGUUCAUCAACACAAACAUUACUUAGAAGUGAGAGAAGGCAAGCUCCUUUAUCUAAGGAAUCAAAUAACCUAAACUAUUUCUAGAGACCGAAAAAUACAGACAAGACGCUCUCUCAAAAUUAUAGAAAUAUUGAACAGAGGCUGAGAUGAGGGAACUCUGACUAUUCUGGGUACCUGGUUGAUGCUCUAUGAUUUUUAAAACAAUGUGAACAUCAUGCAUACAAUUGUAGGAUUGCAACUUUGGUGAGUUGUCACCAAUUUUAUGAAGUAGGACCUUUUGUGAUAUACCUGGCAUUGUCUCCUCAAAGCUACUAUACGUAUGUAACCUGAAUAAACACAUUGGUUUACCAUGUUGCACUUUAGUGGAAAUAUUUUGUAUAUCUUUUGAUCUGUAUAUAUUGUGAGUAGGCAUUGUAUCUUCAAAGGAAUAAUUACCAC